GCUAACAUUUAGAUUUACACACUGGUUAGAUGUAUGUGGCUUUGGUAGGAACAGCAGCCUCGAGAAUUCGGCGUCUCCUCCAAGGACAUCUCCUGUCAUGCUUCCUCUUACUCAUUUACUCGUUGCCCUCCCGGCGUCCCUCCAUCACAGUACAACCCCUUCUCAAUCCCGUUCUAUCCUCGCAAAUGCUUCGCUCCCCCAGUCUGCUCUCAAACUGACGCGCUUGAUGGCCUCUACCACUCACAACACGUGAAGUCGACUCUCGCCGCCGUUGCCUCCAGCCGAGGAGAGACAUCUGAUCGUCACGGCACUUCGUUUCCAGGCCAGAUAUUUCAUCUGAAGGCCGGCGUAGGAGACUUGUGGGAUCACUGUUCGAUCCCGUAAACGCACAUGGCCUCGCUCUUCAUGACACCAGAUGGCAAAUGCAGCACAGCGAGUUUCAAUCACUGCUCUCGCCCGCCUGCACACUCUCCUUCCCCUCAGCUUCAGCCUUGGUCUCGGCCUCAGCAUUGGUCUCAGCCGCCCGCCGCUCCUCAGCGUCUUUCUUCUGCCGCUCCUUGACUUUCCGCGGCUUCUUCGCGCUCAGCGGGCCAUCUGCAUCGCGGUCCUUCCACAUCCCCCCAUAGCGAUACCCCGGAUACUUCCCCUCGAGCCCGCGCGCGUCCUCGACGCCGCCGCUCACAGAGUGCCAGCACUUGCCGGGGCACACGAAGUGCCACGUGCCUGUGGCGUCGAUUUGGCAGCGGAUUAGGACGGCCGCGGGGUUGCGCAGAGGGUGCACUGUUUUGGUGCCAUUUUGGGUGAGGGGGCGGGAGGGUGAUCGUGUGUAGGGCGAGGGUAUUGGAGAUUGGUUUUGUGGAUGUGUUUGGAGAGAGGGCGGGUUGGGUGUUGUGCAGUAUUUAGGUGCUCUGGGUGUGGUGGUGAGUGGUGAGUGGUGAGUGGUGAUGUCAUGGCUUGUGGCAGCGUUUUGGCCUCACGACAAUGCGAUCGGCCUCAGAUCGUAAUGGAAUUUCGUGGCAUUCGUUACAAUGGUGAU